CCAGUGUCCUAAUCAGCUGCUCGACUCAAGGAACGGGGCUUGUGGUUCCACUUACGUGCUGAGAAUCAUAUGAGAAGACAUCUCUGGCAGACAUUCUGACUCCGACCCAGUCUCGGGCCUCUCGGCAGAGCCAGCCUCUGGUUCCUGGGCUUACGCGAAGAUGUCCGCAUUAACAUUCUUGCGUUGGACCCUUGACGGGAUGGAACCUCUUCCGGAUUGCGUCACAAAAAGCUACCCCACCUUCCCGCAUUUCUUCUUUCUCCUUUUUCCCAACACACAACUCCUACGCUCCAUUGUUGCGCCAAUUGACUUAUCGCUUCUACUAGGUCUUUACCUUCUCUAGACACAAUGACCGUUCCCCAGGUUCCCGGUCUGCAAAUCGAAGUCCAAGCCGAGGGCACGGGCGACCGCGAAACCAAGCGCGGUGACAGCAUCGACGUGCACUACAAAGGCACCUUGACCGAUGGGAAGAAGUUUGACUCUAGCUACGACCGUGGCGACCCGCUGAACUUCACCGUCGGCGCUGGUAUGGUCAUCAAGGGCUGGGACGAGGGGCUUCUGGGCAUGAAGGUUGGUGAGAAGCGCAAGCUCACCAUUCCCCCGGAGCUUGGCUAUGGCUCCCGGGGCGCUGGGGGCGUCAUCCCGCCCAACGCCACGCUCAUCUUCGAGACGGAGCUGGUGAAGAUCAAGAAUUGAGACUAUGCGGAUGAAAAUGCAUGAAGAGAGGUCCAACUUUCAAGGCACCUCUGUCAGAGAGCUCGGUAGAGGAGACAGAAACACUCAUUUCACAUACAAAUGAGAGGUUGAACACCAAUCUAGACGGUCUUUCCCGACAUGC